AUGAAAGCUACUGGAUUUACUAAAACAGAGAAAAGCGAAGAGGAUAUUAAUAGUGACUCAGAAGAGGCUAGCAAUGCAGAUGCGGACGAAGCAGCGAUUAGCGUCGACGAAGACAACAACGAAGAAGACAACGAAGAAGAGAACAAUGGGGAAGAAGUCAACGGCGAAGAAGACACUGGUGAAGAGAACACUGGUGAAGAGGACAUUAGCAGAAAUAGGGCAGAGACUGUGCAGGAGGUCAUGCCAGCUACGGAAUACAGCCAAAUGACCGACCAAACACAGCUGCCUUUGGAGAUCACAAAUACAGAGCGCCUGUUGGCUGAGCAUACAGGAAGAGCACAGGGCGAAGAAACUCCAGGCGUGAAUAACACGCAGAUACCGCCAGCGGCUAGCGCAUCACAACCUGCUGCCCGCCAGGCGGAACCCAUCACCGACUUACCCACAGCUCUCACAGGCAGCACGCCCGAGGCCCCUCUUCUUGACCACAGCGACACCGUCCAUUGUCCCUCAGUCUCUGAAACCGAGAGGGAAAUUCAUGUGAUGGACACAAUAUUUCUUUGUUGUCUACAUUUCAACUUCCACCUCAGCCGGUAUAGAAAACAAAGGGCCACAACUGCAAUAAGAACCGAAGUGUCCGAUAUCCAGCGCCAGGUCAAUGAUGUCCUGCGGCUACCCUAUGAAAAAGCUAUGCCUGAGAUAAAAAAGGAACACACCGCAUUUUACAGUAAAAAGAUACAAGCACAAUACAUGGAAACAAUUUUCUGGCAAUCCAUCGAGGAAGCUGCUAAAGAAAUAAAUCCCGAAGACUGCCCAGUACCUAGGGGACCACUAGAUGGGUUCACGCGACAAGAGAAGAGAUCCCAUCUGCAGUUCAUAAAGGACGCUGGUUACAAGACGGGGGCGACCAACGCACGACAUUACCGCCGUCUCUGGUGCGCCGGCAACAUCGACACUAUGACUGCAGCUCAACGAACGACAAUUGCUUUCCAACUCGUAUUGACAUGUCAAGGCGGAGCCGUUGCCGUUUACAGACUUUCUGUCGGACUUGCGCUUCGACGAAGUCACGGGGGAUGUCUCCUGGAUUCACCGGUAUCCCGAAGAGCAGGCACCGAGUGGGAUAUGUGUCAAGAUUGCGCACCGCACGGUCUCACAAACGACUUUUUCAAGAGUGUUCUCAGGCAAGCUCUAGCAGCGGACCCUGCUUCUCCGUCUGCCGACUGGAUCAGAGACCGAGAGGCUUAUUGUCUGACUGACCCUAGUCCCAACCAUGGUACCAAAUCCAGAGGAGCUUGA